UGUGAUUCCUGUUUUUUUUUCUCUCCUCCUCCGAAGUUGAAAGGCAGGAGCAGAGCGGUGUGGAGGGGGCCCAGUUUGUCUUCCGACUGUGGCCGUGGAUGCAACGUCCUCGUCCCUUUUCCACAUUAGUGUUUGUUUCUUGCUCGGUGUGACAUUUGUUUGCACUCCAGCUGUUCUUUCACAAUGGCGGGGGCUAUUAUUGAAAAUAUGAGCACCAAAAAGUUGGUGAUAGUGGGAGUUAUUCUGCUUUUGUUCCAGGCGUUUGCCUUCAUGGUCGGCGGUUUAAUUGCUCCCAGCCCCACCACGGCGAUGCACUACUUGGCCACCAAGUGUGUGGACGCAGUCAAGCAUCGACAGGAAUCAAAAUGGUUCAUGCCUUGGGGUCCCAACCAAUGCGACAAGAUCCGGAACUUUGAUGAGGCCAUGCUGAAGAAGAUUGAGGCCAACAACAUUGUAUUUGCAGUGCACAUUCCUCUGCCUGACAAGGAGAUGAGCCCCUGGUUCCAGUUUAUGCUGGUCAUCCUGCAGUUUGACAUCGCAUUUAAGAUGUACAACCAGAUAGAGGAUGGCGCAUUGGCCACCAUUGACGUGGGCCUGGCCUACAGGGACGACACAGUCAGUGAGUGGACAGAGAUGGCUCACUCUUUCGAAAACAGGAAGCUCAACUGCAACUUCACUACCUCCAAGACCUUUGAGAACGAGGGUCGGUACUAUGAGUGUGACCUGCUGCCCUUCAUGGAGGUCGGCAGCGUGGCCCAUAAGUACUAUCUUCUCAAUAUCCGCUUGCCUGUCAACGAGAAGAAGAAAAUCAAUGUGGGGAUCGGAGAAAUCAAAGACAUACGUUUUGUUAGCAUCCACCAGAAUGGAGGCUUCACCAAAGUGUGGUUCGCCAUGAAGACAUUCCUCACACCCAGCAUCCUCAUCAUCAUGAUCUGGUACUGGAGAAGGAUCACCCUCAUGAGCAGACCUCCUGUGCUGCUGGAGAAGGUAAUCCUCGCUCUGGGCAUCUCAAUGACGUUCAUCAACAUCCCAGUGGAGUGGUUCUCUAUUGGCUUCAACUGGACCUGGAUGCUGCUUUUUGGAGACAUCCGGCAGGGCAUCUUCUACUCAAUGCUGCUCUCCUUCUGGAUCAUCUUCUGCGGGGAGCACCUCAUGGAAACACAGUUCUUUGCAGUUUUGGUUGUGGACAGAGGAGAAGUGACGAUGUGUGAGAGCUGUGUACCAGCCAUCAAAAUCCUCCCUGAACCUGGCCUUCAUCCCACAAAAAACUCGCAGGACCAGACGGAGAGGAACCGAUUCUCCGUCUACUGGAAGCAGGUCGGACCCAUCGUCUUUGGCUCCUUCUGCCUCUUUAUCUUUGACAUGUGUGAGAGAGGGGUCCAGCUGACAAACCCUUUCUACAGCAUCUGGGCGUCUGAUGUAGGCACUGAGCUGGCUAUGGCAUUCAUUAUUGUGGCGGGGAUCUGUGCCUGUCUCUACUUCCUCUUUCUUUGCUUCAUGGUUUUUCAAGUCUUUCGCAACAUUAGCGGUAAGAGGAUGUCCCUGCCCGCCAUGUCCAGGGCCAGACGGCUGCACUAUGAGGGUUUGAUUUUCAGGUUCAAGUUCCUCAUGUUGGUCACUCUGGCCUGUGCUGCCAUGACUGUCAUCUUCUUCAUCAUCAGUCAGGUGAAUGAGGGUCACUGGCACUGGGGAGACUACACAGUGCAGGUGAACAGCGCCUUCUUCACUGGCAUCUACGGCAUGUGGAACCUGUACGUCUUCGCCAUCAUGUUCCUCUACGCGCCAUCUCACAAACGUUAUGGAGACGAGCAGUCGAGUGGUCAGUGCAUCACUGGAGACACCGGGGCAAACAGCGGCGAGGACAUCCAGCUGACCACUACCAUCACCCACGUCGAUGGCCCCACUGAGCUCUACAAGAUGACAGGCAAAGAGGCCCAUGAGUAGACGUCGCACUGUCACUAAGACUCCCCUCGACUACCUACUGCUCCAAACAUCCUCUCCCUCGUAUAUGUAAUCAAACAGGCUUUUCUCUUUACAUCCAUAAACAGUAUGAACAGUCCACCUUGCAAGUAACCUACAGCCACGUCCCCACCAAACACUGUUGGUAUAAUACUGUUAGAACUGGUACGUAACCUGUACGGACGUGUACUGUUUAGUUUCCACUGCAGAUAGUUGUCUCAAAUGUAGGCGGGGUUGUCGUUACUCACAGCUACAUCUGGCUCUCAAUGCAGAGGAUCAUCUGCACCUUUAUCGUCACGGGAACAGGGUCGCACACCGACAGUUUAAGAACAAAAAGAACAGGCUGGAGUGUUCUUUGGUAUCUGAUCAGUGUGUUUGGUACCUCAGCAGAAGGGUAACGAAAAAACGGUACAUAAUGGAUCUGUUUUAUUGGUACCAGCUACAACUUUUGACAUUGGAGGCGCAAAAUGAAUCACUCUAAUGUGUAACGAAUUGAAGUGAACCAGACUGCUCGGUGGAAACGAGGCUUAUCAGUCCCACAGUUCCUGUCCUCUGUCAGCACCAGACCCUCAGCUGUGUGACUCGUUACGUGCCACCCUGUUUCCCCAUUGUAUCUCUAAAGGCUGAAUAUUAUCAACACUCCUAUCAGUCCAUUUCAUUUCACUGUGGAUUUUUUUUCCGACAUUUCAAACUUAAUGUAAACUAUGUUGUGUAUGUAAAUGUUGCACAACGCUUUUGACGCCAAAAAGAAAGAGAUUAGAGUGUAAAGAAAACUAUUUCUUGGUGGUCAGAGGUUGUAUUCGGUAGCCGUGCGGUUAAACUUAAUCAUUUGUAAAGACCGGAGCUCUAGGUGAAGAUGGACAGAAGGAUACACGGUUUAAUUUUCUGCUUAAUUACCUGUCAUAUUCUCAGUCACAGCCUCAGAGCCCGUCACAAACACCCAUUCUUCCAUAGAAAGUAGAUCGUGUUUAGUACUGCUGUCAGUCUUUAAAGUGGUGGAGAUCUUUUUUUAUAUCAUUGGGGGAAAUGUACAGACCACAUAGCCACUUUGGGAAAUGCAUACUGUAUGUUCAUUAUGUUACUAUGUAGAUAUCUAUUUUUUAUAAAGUGCUUAUUUUCAACUUCACAAAAUAUAUGCAUCAAGCUCUAUCAAUGUUUUUGAAGUUGACUGUAGCCGAUUAUACAUGGUUCUUAGUUUGUUUUUGCUUUUUAUGCUAAUUUAAAUAAAAAACUUUUACUUAA